AUGUCGGCCCUGGAAGCUGUCAAGUACCAGCGAGGCAAGUUGGAGGUCCUCGAUCAGCUUCGCCUGCCCCACGAAUUCCACUAUGACCCCGUCUCGACUCGACAAGAGGCCUUUGACAGCAUCGCGACCAUGCGAGUGCGAGGCGCCCCGGCCAUUGCCAUCGUAGCCAGCUUGGGACUCGCUGUCGAGCUGCACAACAACCCCAUUGCGGCGGCUUCAGACUCUGAGCUUAUUACGCGCAUCGACGAGGCAUUGGAUUACUUGAAGGAAAGCAGACCAACGGCCGUCGAUUUGUCCAACGCCAUUGCCCAGCUAAAGGCAAUCAUCCGAACCGCUGAAGGAAAGGGACAAGGCGCUAUUACCGAGUCGUUUAUCGAAGAAGCAGAGAGGAUAUUCAAGAAGGAUCUCCAGAACAACCUCUCAAUAGGGGACUUUGGCACUCAGUGGCUCCAAUCUCAAGCUGGCGCUUCAGCAGAGCAACAGAUUUCUGUGCUGACACAUUGCAACACUGGCGCACUCGCCACCUCAGGCCAUGGAACAGCCCUUGGAAUCAUCCGUACGCUUCACUACAAGGGAUUCCUCAAGCAUGCCUUUUGCACCGAGACUCGACCCUACAACCAGGGCAGCCGCCUGACAGCAUUCGAGCUGGUCCACGAGGGUAUUCCCAGCACGCUCAUCACAGAUUCCAUGGCUGCUGCGCUAUUCCGAACCAAGAAAACAGAAAACAACAUUGCUGCCGUCAUCGUAGGAGCUGACCGUGUUGUUCGCAACGGCGACACCGCAAACAAGAUUGGCACCUACCAAUUGGCUGUUCUGGCCAAGCACCACGACAUCAAGUUCAUUGUAGCCGCUCCCACGACAAGCAUCGACUUGGACACCAAGACUGGCGACGGCAUCAAAAUUGAAGAGCGAAAGAAGGAAGAGCUGACGCAGAUCACUGGUGCGGUUGUUGGAUCUGAUGGCCAGGUGAAUAAAGAGAACAAGGUUCGCAUUGCGACAGCUGACCAGCGGAUCGACGUUUGGAACCCUGCAUUCGAUGUUACUCCCGCCGAGUUCAUCGAUGUGGUUGUGACGGAGAAAGGUGCUGUGGAGAAGGGGCCCGAUGGCACCUUUGACUUUAGCAAGAUUCUACCUGAGCGAUGGGCCAAGCUGGCUAAUUAA